AUGAAUUCGAAUUCUCUUCGUCCUAAACUCUGGAUAGUUUAUUCUGUGCUAGCUCUACUUAUAGCAUCGUUUGUAAGCGGAGAUGUACAAGUGCCAUUGGGGCAUUUUUCAAAGCCCUCAAGACGCGUUGCUGUAAUUGGAGCCGGGGCUGCAGGAUCCAAUACCGCAUACUCCUUGCGCAAAUAUGCGGAUGCGUCAUCCACACCAGUCGAUAUCACGGUGUUUGAACGGGCGUCCUACAUCGGGGGGCGCUCGACCACAGUUAAUGUCUUUGGCAACCCAGCUUACCCAGUUGAGCUGGGAGCAUCCAUCUUCGUUCAGGCCAACUACAAUCUUGUCAAUGCCUCGAGGGACCUGGGUCUUGAAGUAUCAAGUGCCAGUCAAUCUCGACCCAGGGAGUCGGAGGAUGUCAUCGGGGUAUGGGAUGGGAAGGAAUUCGUAUUCCGAAUGCAGGACACAUAUAGCUGGUGGAACAUUGCGAAGUUGAUUUGGCAAUAUGGAUGGGCCCCGGUCCGAACCCAGAACCUUAUGAAGGCUACUGUCAACAAGUUUCUCCAGCUCUACGAAGAGCCUAUAUUCCCUUUCAAGUCCCUUACCGCGGCUGCAGUGAGAGUUGGGUUGUUAAACACAACUGCAACUCGUGGAUCAGAAUUCCUCAACCUCAAUCAUGUGUCCGCUGACUUCUCGCGAGAAAUCAUUCAAGCGUCGACACGCGUGAAUUACGGUCAGAAUCUCGGAUUGAUCCAUGGCCUCGAGGCCAUGGUCUGUAUGGCUACAGAUGGGGCUAUGGCGAUCCAAGGGGGGAAUUGGCGGCUGUUUGAGGCUAUGCUGAAGGCGUCCCGAGCUGUUGUCAAGUUGAAUCAUACAGUGGCGUCUGUCGAACAAAACGUGGACGGCACCUUGACUGUUGCAUACAGCCGCAACAGUGACAAUACCGCGCAGGAGGAGCUCAUUUUCGACGAAGUUGUCAUUGCUGGUCCGAUGCAAUAUUCUGGUAUCUCCAUUACUCCUGCACCUGAUCACGCCCCGGACAAGAUUCCCUACGUGCAGCUAUAUGUGACCCUCUUCUCAUCUCCGCACCAGCUGUCACCCAAAUAUUUCAAUCUGCAAGAAACCGAUGCUCGUGCCCCCGAGACCAUUCUGACCACCCUCCCUCGAGGUGUAGACCUGGGCUCUAACGAAAAGGGCGUCGGUCCAGCGAACUUCUGGAGCAUCAGCACCCUCCAAACAGUACUAUCUGAAGAUCAACAUGGAGAGACUCAUUACGUCUACAAAAUAUUCUCUCCAGAGCGGCCCAGUGCACAAUUCAUGAGAGAAAUCCUAGGUCUGCAACACCCAAAUGGUGCUUCGGCGGCAGACAACACCACCAUCGUGGAUCUUACCAAGGAGGACAUCAGUUGGUACCAUGAAAAGAUCUGGAAUCCGUACCCAUUCCUUCAUCCCAGGGUUACCUUUGAGGAAGCCAUCCUCUCUCCACACCUAUGGUACACAGGUGGCAUCGAGAGUUUCAUCUCAACGAUGGAAACUAGCGCACACAUGGGCAAGAAUGUAGCUGCCCUCAUGUUGCAGUCAUGGCGGGAAGAAGAAGAAUUGCACAAGCGGGAUGAACCAGUGUCGGACGGGAAAUCAAGGACAGAGUUGUAA